AUGAAAGAGGUGGUCAAAAAGGAGAUCAUAAAAUGGUUAGAUGUUGGAGUGAUCUACCCCAUCUCAGAUAGCAGCUGGGUUAGCCCGGUUCAAUGCGUUUCCAAGAAGGGUGGUAUGACGGUGAUUACAAACGACGACAACGAGUUGAUCCCAACUAGAACGGUGACUGGUUGGAGAGUGUGUAUAGACUACCGUCGGUUAAACAAGAUUACUAUAGCUCCGGAGGAUCAAGAAAAGACAACGUUCACGUGUCCUUAUGGGACAUUUGCGUUCCGGAUAAUGUCGUUCGGUCUUUGUACCAGAGAUGCAUGA